AUGCAACAGGAACCCACCUCGGACAUAAAUUGGAACGCAGAAAUAUGGUUUAGGAAGAUACCUCCGAAACUCCAGAUGUUUCUCUGGAAAUUGGCGCUUGGUAGCAGCCUACAAGCUAGAGGCCUAUAUACAGGAUCGGAUGUCGUCACUGGAGCAAGGAACCAUCUGCUGUUUGAAAACCGGUCUUUCAAACCAUCAGAAAUCAUUACAAAGGCCUGUGCGGAUGCUCGCGAAUGGCAACAAGAUCAGAAUUCUAAACCUACUACGACCACUGGGAAACCUCGCUAUGUCCCAUCCCACACGGACCCGGAAGCCAUUGUCCUCUACACAGAUGCAGCGUGGAACCAGGACAACAAAUGUGCCGGAACAAGAUGGAUCGCAAAAGAUAAACGGAAUCAAAUCAUCGGACAGGGAGGAAGAGGAGAGGCUUUCGUCCUAUCUCCUCUCGCAGCGGAAAUGAUUGCUGUCAGUGAAGCCCUACACCAAGCAGAGAUCUCUGGCUGGAAUUCGAUUCGCCUCCGAUCUGACUCUAAAACGCUCAUCCGAGCCAUGCAAUCAGGAGAACAAAUUACUGAAAUCUUCGGUAUCCUUCACGAUAUCUUCAUCUUGUCAAAAGUAUUUGUUUCAAUCUCCUUCAAUUUCACACCGAGAUCGGACAAUUUUAUUGCCGAUGCUCUCGCAAAGAAAUGCCUUCAGGAUAUCAUCUCCUUGUAUUUGUGA